GAGACGAAAUACUAGCGAGUUGCAUUCUGGGACGUGAGAUCAUUUUUCAUCCAUCUUGCUUUUUAACCAUACUAGAUAAAUUGUACGUUUAAACGUUCUUGUUGGUCUCAAAUAACCAUCUUAUAAAUAAGAACUUGAUCUUCAGGACCACAUUGCUAUGCAGUCUGGUUUGAUUCCGUAAGCGAGCGAUUCGGGUUUGUUUGGAAGACGAACCGUGUGUUCGAAGCCUCGGUAGUCACUCAUCCAUCCUAUGCUAUUAAAGUCUUCAUUGAGAGCAGCUCUCGUUCACUACCGAUACCGAACCUGCGUUUAAAAUGGGUCGUUCGCGGAGUCGCAGCUCGUCGCGAUCUAAACACUCCAAAAGCAGCAAACACAACAAAAAGCGCAGCCGUUCUCGAUCCCCGCACAAAGAAAAGAAGAAGCGCUCGAAGUCCCGAGAAUCCAAACGCAACCGGAGGAGAGAAUCGCGCUCUCGGUCCAAAUCGAACACGGCCACGUCUCGUCGGGAGCGGGAACGAGCCGCGUCUCCGCCCGAGAGGAUCGACAUGUUCGGCAGGGCGUUAAGUAAGAGGAGCGCUGUGGAUGAGAAGCAGAAGAAAGAGGAGGAAGAAAAGAAAGCCGAAAUGGAGAAGCAGAGGAGAAUCCGACAGCAGGAGAUAGAAGAGAGACUCAUAGAAGAGGAGACGGCGCGCCGUGUGGAGGAGCUGGUGGCCAAACGUGUGGAGGAGGAACUGGAGAAACGCAAGGACGAGAUCGAGAGGGAAGUGUUGCGAAGGGUGGAGGAAGCCAAACGCAUCAUGGAGAAGCAGUUGCUGGAGGAGCUGGAGAGACAGAGACAUGCAGAGUUUGCCGCUCAGAAGGCCCGUGAGGAGGAAGAGAAGUCAAAACGUGAAGAACUGGAGAAGAUUCUGGUGGAGAACAAUCGCAAGAUAGCAGACGCUCAAGCUAAACUGGCAGAAGAUCAGCUACGAAUCGUGGAAGAGCAGAGGAAGAUCCACGAGGAGCGAAUGAAGCUGGACCAGGAACGACAGAGACAGCAGAAAGAGGAACAGAAGAUGAUUUUAGGGAAAGGAAAGUCCAGACCAAAACUGUCUUUUUCUCUCAAGGCCUCGGAGUGACGGAAACAAUGUGCUUUCUCAAAACUUUCUCCAGACCACCUCUUCACGCAAGGGAUUUGUACCGCAGAAGUUCCUCUUCGUAGGUCUCAUGUGGUGUGUUUCGAAUUCACAGAACAACGGGAACAAUAGAGUUUGUCAUAUGCCCUUCAAUUUCUUUCCCAUUUUACCUGUCUGGUUUCUGUUACUGACUCUUGACUAGGUAACCUUCGAUCGUCCACUACAUGCACAUUUGGUUCAUUGCACGAUUGGGAAACAAUAAGGACCGGCCUGACCUGCUGUCUAGUCCAAAUGUGCAUUAUGGUUUCUUGUCUCACAAUUUUUAGACCAGAGUAGAUUUACCAAUUCGAUCAAAGUAUUUUUUAUUUUUUUAAUAGUUUGUUCAUAGUGUAAUGUACUUAGAAUUGGAAAUGUUCAGGGUGAUCUUGAAGUCUGUGUUCCUGUAUUGAAAAGUCCUCUUGGAACUAAAUGGUAACCACUGUAACCAUAAACAGUGACCUCUUUUUAUUGUUUAACAUUUAAUAGUUGUACAUUCAUUAUGUAUAAGAUUGAGGAUGUUAUAAAAGUUUCCUGGGUGUUGCAUGACACCAAGAUGCUUUUAGAAAGGAAUGAGUUGAAUAUUGAACAGAAUUUGUUUAAGGUUAAAUGUUUGACCCCGGUUAUCACAAAUAUGCCCGAAAUCUCCAAUAAAUCCAUGAAUGUGUCCUGUA